AGAAAGUGUUUGCAAACCAUAUCAAUCGAUUUACAUUCGAUAUAUAUCGGUGAGUUGGCAGUAUAUGUUAAUUUUAAAUUAAUCAUUGUGUCUCGAGACUGUAAGCUACUUAAAUUUUAUUUUACUUUAGUAAAUGUGACUAUAAUCUAUAUUAUUUUACUUUCGACUUUGUGACAAAUCUUGCCUCAAAAUCUAAAUGCAGUACAGAAUCUUGCGCGUGUGUGUUUUUUUUUAAUAUUCAAUGUUCCAUUAGGACUGCGCGCUCCUAAAAUCAUAUAUUCUGAUCGCAAGACCAUUAGACCAAUAUAGCUAUAUUGAGCUAAACCGGAUGAUUGGAGGAACAAAUUUCAUUUAAGUAAAAAAAACUCAGUUUGCGUGAAAUCAAAUUUGUAAAAUUGUAAUUAAUGGAAACGAACAGCAGGGAUUUCAGUUCCUAUAGCGGCUGUCUCCCUUGCUUGAGACAACGCGAAUCACAAUGAGAUUGCUCACAAAAGUAGAACUUCCAGAUUGUCAAAUUUUUAUUAAAUUGUUAUAUUUGUAUAAGAAGAUACUGGGACUCAAAGCCUUUCUAAAAUUUCUUAUGGUUAUUUUGUUCGUAUGGCGGUAAUGCACACGUAUCGGUGAGGGACCAUAAUGUAUAUAAGAUAUCUAUGUGAGGGACACUCUGCGAAGCAUUUGCCAUUGGGGUGGGCAAAUAGGUUUCCAACAUAAGAACACCUUUUUUAGCUCGAAAUCUAAUUCUUUAAAAUUUGCCCCCUUAAUUUUCAUGCGAUAUAUACAUCUUACGAUGGUACUUUAUGGACGCACGUUUCAAUUAGUCCAGCGUGGGAAAUUACAGAUGACUUUGACAGUUUGCAUUUGUUUUUGAAGACGCUGAUAUUGCCAACCUAAUUAGCAUAUGUAGAGUUAACAUAUAUUGAUAUAAUGCGAGUUUUGAGUUUUGUUUAGUAACACUGGAUCAAAAAGAGAUGAUCCUUACUGCACCUCUAGGGAGAACAGUUUAGAACUGAUAGAGCAAUCCAGUAUAAAUAAAAUUCUUUAGUUUAGGUUUCUUUCUGUAGUAACACUGGAUCAAUAAGAGAUGAUCCUUACUGCACCUCUAGGGAGAACAGUUUAGAACUGAUAGAGCUAUCCAGUAUAAAUAAAGUUAGUUUAGGUUUCCCCCUGUGGUAACACUAGAUCAAUAGGAGAUGAUCCUUACUGCACUUCUAGGGAGAACAGUUUAGAACUGAUAGAGCUAUCCAGUAUAAAUAAAGUUCGUUUAGUUUAGGUUUCCUCCUGUAGUAACACUGGAUCAAUAAGAGAUGAUCCUUACUUCACCUCUAGGAAGAACAGUUUAGAACUGAUAGAGCUAUAAAACUUUAAUUUAUCUUUUCAGCUAUACAAAGAAUCAUCCAGCUACAGUUCACAGAACCAAUUUUUCUUCAUUUAAAUUUUUUUAUAUCUAUCCUGAAUUACUAAAUUUGGUGUCCGUACAAACUAUGUACAAGAACGAAACACCAACAAUGAAUUCCAACCAAACCGUUCACGGCUUUGACAUGGAAUUUCACCCAGCGCUGAUAGCAAUUGCAGUCUUGGUCAUCAUUAUAAACAUGUUCGUCAUCGUGCUGUUUGUUACCAAGGAAACGCUAAGAAAGGGCGGGAAACUUCUGCUUCUAAGUUUGGCAAUCUCUGACGUCACGACAGGAUUCAUCACCAUUCCCCUGAACAUAGAAUGCGAGGUGACAUUCUCUCUGAGACUGUGUAUGUCGUCUGGAAUUUUGAAUCGCUUCCUAGCGAUUUCGACAGUAUAUCAUAUAUUGGCAAUAACAUUCGAGACCUACUACGCUAUCUUACGACCGAUGGAGCAUCGCGUUAAGAUCGAGAAACGAAAAGUCCUUGGUAUUGCCUUAACUAUUUGGUUUGGCGCGUUGGUUAUCGCCGUAACGCCACUAACUUGGGCUAUUGGUGAGCUAACCGACGUUCGAGGACAGCCUAGCGAAGAUUUUUUACGCAAAAUGUCAAUCUAUGAAAUCUUUGCGUUCUCGUUCGGUUUCCUACUGCCGCUAACCCUCAUGAUAUUCGCGCAUGCGCGGAUGUUUUCUAAGAUUAUCAACGCGUUGAAGUUAAUUCGCAGACAAAAUUGCCCGGCCCACAAGCUGUGUAAUAUAAAUAAGAACAAGUAUAAAGCAGCCAUACUAUUUGCCGUGCUGCUUUUAAUUUUCACCGUAUGUUGGCUCUUCUGGUUUGUGACCAGUCUCCUUAAUGCUAUUUCAAAAGCGAGACACCCGUUCCCAGAAUGGGCCGUGGACACUUUUACAAUUAUCAGAUAUUCGACAUCUUUCAUAAACCCGCUGCUCUACACGUUUUUCCGCCCGGAUUUUUAUAAAGCUUUUAAAACACUGUUCCGUAGACAUACCAGAAGAACACCCAGUAUUGUUUUGACCUAUCUGCUGAGCGGUUCUCAUCGCACGAAGCGAGAUUCGCAGACGACCUCAACUCUCGUGCGAGAGCACAGUAGCGCACCGGCGAUCUACGUCAAUACCCAGCAAAGUGCCUCAUCAAAAUUAGUUGAGAAAGAUUCCAAAGUGUGAACUUGAUGUGAAAUGACACUGGAUUUUCAAUAGGGAUGGUUGAUUCAACUGGUGGACGAACUUGCCUCAUUAGUAUUUAAUAUUUAGUC